GUAUACGUCGAACAAGCUCAUUUCAUACCUGCACAAUCCUAACACAUAUAGAACUAAGUAAUGUGUAAUUAACGCGAUCUUGAUACUAAGAAACGACAAAUAAUUCGAAUAAGUUCUCUCCUAAUCAGUUUUGUUAGUGCCGCGAUUGAUUGUUGAAUGUUACGAUCUAUUGUUGUUCCUCGUCUUGCGUUUAAACUUGAACUUAAUUUCGCGUUUAUCGUUGUGUUUGCUCUUUGGAACCUUGGAUGUUUCCUAAAGUGAUACGAAUUCCAUGCAAAAUAACGACUAUUGCAAGUGUUUGACUAUUCAAAGAGGAUUAUAAAGGGUGUUUUUCUUCGCCACAAGUUUCUUACAACAACAAUGAACUAUUUUCGAUGUCAGGUCUACCCUCGGCGGGCAUAAAAUUAUCACAUAGUUCUCAUAUUCGUUUUAAUUUCAAAAAAAUUCCAUGUCCUGAAGUGAAUCAAACAUAAGUGAUUUAAUUUUUAUGUUCAUUCCAUUUCAACUUUUGUUUUCCUGUUUCCCAUUGAAAAACAAUACAAAGCGGAAACACUUCAGCAAUAACAUAGGCAAAAUGAAGAAAUUACUAGGUGUAGUGUUAAGUGUUUGUCUUGUGCAACGAUUAAUUGCUGCAGAAAUUGUGAUUAGUGCUCAAAAAUCAGAACAAGCGUUGACAAAUGAAACGGAAUUUCCGGAGACAUCAGUAAUUACACCAUCAUCAUCUAGUGAUAAGCCCAAUGAUAACCAACCAAAUCAGGAUAGUGUGCCUAUAGCAAUCGCGAAUGAUGUUGGUGGUGCUGUUCAAGAUUCAAAUGAUAUUCCUCCCUUGGAGGAAGUUGCUCCAAGUGUAGAUAGUGGGAAUGCCGUCGAUAUCCCUUCAUCUAUUUCGCUUUCUGUUGCUUCGGGAAGCGGUGGUAAUUUUGGAAGCAACCCAGAAGUUGUUAGUCAGAAUGAAACCCAAAGCUCAUCUACAACAUCCACUACAGCAUCAACCACUACAGCAUCAACCACGACAACAACAUCCACGACAACUACAACUACUACAACAACAACUGCGAAACCUUUGAAAAUUGAGGAGCCUCAGCUGAUACCACCGGCUGAUGUGAACGCUAGCAUAGCCAAGAUAGAUACUCCAGUAAAUAAGAAAGGACAAGUUAUUAUCAGCUCAAAUCCAGACUGUCCUUCACUAGCUUCAGCAAAUAACAUGUCACAAACGCAAUUGAUUACAGCACUAACGCACGAAUGUCGCUAUGAUCGUCUAGAGCGGCCAACAAUCACUAACGAUAAAGGCGAACGACUUCCCGUAGAUGUAUAUGUUCGAAUCUAUUUCUAUUUCAUCCAAAAUCUAGAAGCGCAUGAUUUGCAAUUCAAAAUUCAGGCCUUACUACAACUGCGCUUUGUCGAUCCACGACUUGUUUUCAAAGAGGUUGCACCGACUCGAAAAUCCCCCAUUAUGGGAGAGGCAUCGCUUCGUAACUCCCUGUGGGUGCCUCACAUAUUCCUUGUCAAUGAAAAGGACUCAAGCAUUUUGGGAACGGAAGACAAGGACAUUCUUACAUCGAUCUCUCCCGAUGGUACUGUUAUUAUAUCGUCCAGAAUUCAAGCCACCCUUUCCUGCUGGAUGAACCUCCAAAAGUUCCCGUUCGAUGAACAGGAAUGCUCAACUGUAUUGGAAAGCUGGAUGUAUAACACAUCAGAGUUAGUCAUGCACUGGGAGCCCCGAUCACCAGUAACCCUUGCACCAAAACUACAUCUUACUGAGUAUGUUCUUUUGAACAGUUGGACAAACGAGACUGUGGUUAAUGCUGAUACAUCCGAUCUCAGUCAUGGUGCAUUCGCUGGAAACUACAGUUCAUUGAAAUACACAAUACACAUAGCACGUGAAAUGGGCUUCUACCUCAUGGACUACUUCUUGCCAUCAAUGAUGAUUGUCUCCAUAUCGUGGGUGUCCUUCUGGCUGCAGGCUGAUCAGUCAGCUCCACGUGUUAUGCUUGGUACAACAACUAUGUUAACAUUCAUCACGCUAGCUUCUGGCCAAACCAAGACCCUCCCCAAAGUCAGUUACAUCAAGGUAUCUGAAGUAUGGUUUUUGGGAUGUACCGCUUUCAUUUUCGGCAGCUUAAUGGAAUUCGCAUUCGUAAAUACAAUCUGGAGACGAAGAAAGAACGUUGAACUGAAAAAAGUCAACAGCAAAUACAUUUUGAAAUCAACACUAACCCCAAGACCUCACAGGAAAGAAAUGGGUCUGCAGAAGUCACGAUCAUGUUCCAGUUUGGACGCACCCCGACCACCGUCUACCCCAACAACACCUACAUACAAUAAUUAUUUAACUGUACAUAGCUUCAACUCAAAAUCCAACCUCCCAACGAUCACCACUCAAUCAGUGGAGGAUGUUCGUGAGAAUGGAGACAUAGCAAUAAACAUUGAUCCCGCUUCGUCACUAUCGUCCUUGCCAGGUAACAAGGAUGGAACAGAAACUCCAUUGACACCGGGACCAGAAACAAACCACUAUGGCUGGACAACAAUGACCCCUCAAGAAAUUUCCACAUGGAUUGACCGACGAUCCCGCUUGGUGUUCCCAAUUACCUUUGUAAUAUUCAACGCCUUCUUCUGGACCUUUGUCUAUUGUUUGUAAGGAAAUCUUGAGAAAUCCAGUCCAUAUUUGAUGAGAGCGAUGUUCAUAAAGAAUACAAAAAAAGGGUUGUGCAGUCCUAACAAAAUAUGGGACCUGCCUUUUAUUGUGUUUCUUUGAUAGACAAUAAUUUGAUAGGAUCGAUCACGCGAAUAUGCUUAAGGCCCUCUAUCUCCUAAUUGCGAUGAUUGUUUCGAAGAGAAUUCAACAAAUCACAUUAGUUCUUAGUAAAUUAUUGAAGAUUUCUUUUGUAUAUUUAACUAGUAGCGAACAGUAUUCUUAUUUGAUAGUUUUGUAUAGAUUUUAUCUCAGAGAAAGGAGACCCCCUUUAUGUUUCCAUUCCAAGACAGAGCCGAACAGUAUAUGAUAGUCAGCAAAUAGCUCAAUAGAUGCCUAUGUAUUUUUUAUUGAUUGUAUUUUUUUAUGUAUAUAAACGAAUAUGACUUAUAUGUAUGUGAUAAAUAUAUGUAUCUUAACUCGA